UUUCUUUCUUUCUCAAGGACAUGAUGCAUGACAUGGCGGAAGUGGUAUGGGACUUGUUUGGCGAGGAUGUUGGUGAGCAAGGGCUGCCUCCUGGCUUUAGGUUCCAUCCCACUGACGAGGAGCUCGUCACCUUCUACUUGGCCUCCAAGGUCUUCAAUGGAGGCCUUUGCGGCAUCGACAUCGUCGAGGUUGAUCUCAAUAGAUGUGAGCCAUGGGAGCUUCCAGAUGCGGCAAAAAUGGGGGAAAGAGAGUGGUACUUCUUCAGUCUGAGGGACAGAAAGUACCCAACCGGACUGAGGACGAACAGGGCUACAGGGGCCGGCUACUGGAAGGCCACCGGCAAGGACCGUGAGGUCCACAGCGCCAGCAGCGGGGCCCUGGUGGGCAUGAAGAAGACCCUGGUCUUUUACAAGGGGAGGGCCCCACGCGGGGAGAAGACCAAGUGGGUCCUCCACGAGUACCGCCUAGAGGGAGACUACUGCCGCCACACGUGCAAGGAGGAGUGGGUGAUCUGCAGGAUAUUCAACAAGACAGGAGAAAAGAAGAAUUCUUACUACCCGAACCCCACCUGCUCGCUAGAUCCAUCUUACUCCUCCCCCAACCCUGGUCUUCCCCCAUUCAUAGACCUGCAACCCGGGGAAAACCCCAUCCAAAUCCUCCUCCAAAGCCACCAACCCUUCUUCCACCAAGAAGUCAACCCCUUCCUUCCCCUCCCUCUUCCUGAACCCCUCCACCCUACCACCAUCCCUUCCCCCCUCAAACCCCAGUGCCCUCCAAAGGACAACCCAAGCCCACAUGAGGAACAAGUAUCUAGCUGGCUCGACACAUAUCUACAGAACCCUUUCCUCUAUGACACGGGACUGGCUCAACUUGGGCUAGGGGGAGCUGUUCAUGACCUGCCUUUUCUGGGUCUCACUGCUACUGGAGAAUCUGGGCCGUUGGUCUCUUGAGAUCUCGUCACUCUGCAGAGCAACCUAAAGAAAGUUUCUUAGCUAGCUUGUGUAUAUUAGGAGCUUCUGCUGUACCAACUACCAGCUUUCGUUUCGUUUACUAAAAUAUCUCUUCAAUCUGGGAGAUGACAAGAGACUGCACAAGACUAUCUAUAUUGA